AUGGUAAACUUCAACCUCGCCCACACAUCCCGCAUCAACCCCCCCGGCGCGACCCCCAUCCUUACGCAACCCCAACUCUGGGCGGGCCUCCAACGCAAAAUCCGGUACGCACAGGAAUUCGUGCCCGUAAUUGAAAGUUGCACUGUACUCGAGGAAAGCAGUGACGGCGUGGUGACGCGCGAUGUAGUGUUUAAGCCGGGUAUGGGACCCAAGGAUCGGGCGAGGGAGGUUGUGAGAGGGUUUUGGCCGGCUUGGGUUGACUUUGAACAAGAAGAUGGAUCGCAUAUUCGCAAUAUCAUCUCAGAGGGGGCAUCGGGUGGUGUCGAGGAUCUGCACAUGACGUAUGUGUUUGAGUUUCGAUUGCCUAAUGUGCAGGAAGGGACUGAGGAGGCGGACAAGGAGUUGGCGAAGCUCAAGGGGAUGGCGAAGAAGGCGGUGGAUUCGAGUAUUGAUGCUAUUAGGGAGAUGGUCAAGGAUGGGAGGAUUAAAGAGUAA